AUGUUCGCCAAGCUAUGGGGCACCGUGUCGCGAUGGUUCCAGGACAGCGCAUCCGGGACUUCAGCCACACCGGCUGCUCCAACUCAGUCUAAUGUGCCAGAAAGGUUGCGGCACGAGGCUCCGUCUCCUGAGCCGCCUGCACAGGAGCAGGUUACAGAGGAGGCGCGCAAUGAGGCAGUUCUGCCUGCAGCUGCCGAGUCCGCUUCUGCCAAAGCAGCCGAAGCAGCAAAGCCUGCGAGAGAACAGGCAUCUCCACCUGCGGCUGCCGAACCUGCUGCAGCCCCUGCUGCCGGUGCGGCAAAGCCUGCAAAGGUACAGGCGGAAGCAGUAGCGCCAGCACCGGCACCAAGCCCGUCAGCCAAGCAGACUGACUCGCAGAAGGCAUCUCCACCUGCGGCUGCUGAGCCCGCUGCAGCCCACGCUGCCAGCGCGGCAAAGCCUGCAAAGGUACAGGCGGAAGCAGUCGCGCCAGCCAAGCAGACUGACUCGCAGAAGGCAUCUCCACCUGCGGCUGCUGAGCCCGCUGCAGCCCACGCUGCCAGCGCGGCAAAGCCUGCAAAGGUACAGGUGUCUCCACCUGAAGCUGCUGACUCAGCUGCUGACAUAGCACAAGCGCCUGCGCAGCAGCAGGCGGGGCAAUGGCCAGCUGUGGCGAGCCCAGCGAAGGCUGCAUUGCAGAAGGCAUCUCCGCCUGCGGCUGCCGAGUCCACUGCUGCUACAUCCAGCGCGGCAAAGCUUUCCAAAGAACAGGCCUUGUUAGCCAAGCUGGCUGCUUUGCAGAAGGCAUCUUCACAUGUGCCACCUGCCGAGUCUGCUGCUUCCAGAGCCGCUGAUGCAGCAACGUUUGCCCCGGAAGAAGCGCCAGCGCGGAAGCAGGUGGAGGCAACGCCAGCGACUCUGCUAAGCCAAUCAGCAGCAAAGCAAGCGGCGUUGCGGAAGGUGCGGGCCGUGCUUGCUGAGUCCGCAGCUGCAAAGGCUUCCGCGGCAAAGGCUUCCGCGGAAGAUGAGGAAUCGGCAUCUUCCAGCUCGUCGGAGUCGCUGAGCGAGGAGGCUUCAAACUUGGUGGACGAGCUCCAGAAGAAGCAGGAAGCCCUCAAGGCCGCCCUGUCCAAGCAGAAGGCGGCGCGCCUUACUGAGCGUACGCCAGAGAAGCAGGCACGCCCGGAGCUACAAGGACAGCGCGCGAAGGGCUUGCACAGUGAGCGGAUGGAGGAGUCACCUUGGCCACCGCAGGGCGCAAGACCGAAGGCAGGGCACAAGGUCCACGACUCCAAGCCGUUUAAUGUCUUUGGUGAGGAGAUGGUGCCAGAGCCCAGGCCUCGGGUGGUGCUCAAGCGCAAGAGGCGGAGCUCGUCCGAGGACGAGCCCGCCCCGCCCAAUGAAGAUGCCGCGGCUUUGGAAGAUGCCGCAGCUUUGGAAGAUGAGAAAGCGCAUGAGCCGCCAGAAGAGCUCAGACACUGGAGCCGCUUGGACCAGCCCACGACGCAGCAGCGCAAAAUCAAGAAGGGCGCAGCAGAUGAGAAGGGGGCGGCUGCGGAGAAACUGGCGAGCCAAGAGGCACAGGCCAAGGAGCCGGCUCGGAGCAAGAAGGUGAAGAAGAAAAAGAAGAAGAAGGGCAGGAAGGGCAAGGAAAGAUCUUCCAAGACCUCGGAGCCCAGAGGGAAAGCCGAAGCAUCUGCAUCUAAGUCAGAGGAAAGAAAAACCAGUCGCAAGCGUCCCAAAAGCGACUCCCGGGACGAGCAGGAAACAAAACAGGAGGCGCCGGAUCCGGAGGACAUCCAGUCGGUGAGCUCCAGCGAGAACUACGGCCUGGUCGAGUGCAAGUUCAUGUCGGAGAACGACGCGGCCCUGGGCCUGCGGCGCCGCAUUCAGCGAAACAAGCGGGUGGCCUUGGAGGAGGCGGAGAAGGAGGAGCGCAAGGCGCGGAAGAAGGCGAAAAAGGCGGCGGUACGGGCACUGAAGGCGUUGCGCCGUGCAGAGGCGGCGGAGGCGGCAGCAGGGGUCAGGACCGGAGGAGCUCCAGCGGACCCGGCCUGGGCGGCGCUGCGGGAGCUGGAAGGAAACUGUGAUGCCCACUGUUUCACCUUGGACAGCCACAAGCCAUGA